AAUCUCGCCGUGCGUGCGUUUCAGGAAGAGAUCGAGAGGAGAGGAGCCACGGGUAUGGUUCUGACGCACGUCGAGGAGCUCGGCGAUGCCGGCGAGGCGGCGGCGGCGGCGGCCGUGUUCGCGUCGAGGUACGUGCAGGAGCCGGUGCCGAGGUACGAGCUCGGGGAGAGGUCGAUAUCCAAGGACGCGGCGUACCAGAUCGUCCACGACGAGCUGCUGCUGGACAGCAGCCCGCGGCUGAACCUGGCGUCGUUCGUCACCACGUGGAUGGAGCCCGAGUGCGACAAGCUCAUCCUCGAGGCCGUCAACAAGAACUACGCCGACAUGGACGAGUACCCCGUCACCACCGAGCUCCAGAACCGGUGCGUGAACAUCAUUGCGCGGCUGUUCAACGCGCCGGUGGGCGACGGCGAGAAGGCCGUCGGGGUCGGCACGGUGGGAUCGUCGGAGGCCAUAAUGCUCGCCGGGCUGGCCUUCAAGCGGCGCUGGCAGAACAAGCGGAAGGAGGCGGGGAAGCCCUACGACAAGCCCAACAUCGUCACCGGAGCCAACGUGCAGGUGUGCUGGGAGAAGUUCGCGCGCUACUUCGAGGUGGAGCUGAAGGAGGUGAAGCUGAGCGAAGGGUGCUACGUGAUGGACCCGGAGAAGGCCGUGGAGAUGGUCGACGAGAACACCAUCUGCGUCGCCGCUAUCCUCGGCUCCACCCUCACCGGCGAGUUCGAGGACGUGGAGCGCCUCAACGACCUCCUCGCCGCCAAGAACAAGCGGACGAAGUGGGACACGCCGAUCCACGUCGACGCGGCCAGCGGCGGGUUCGUCGCGCCGUUCCUCUACCCGGAGCUGGAGUGGGACUUCCGGCUGCCGCUGGUGAAGAGCAUCAACGUCAGCGGCCACAAGUACGGCCUCGUCUACGCCGGCGUCGGAUGGGUCAUCUGGCGCAACAAGGAGGACCUGCCGGAGGAGCUCAUCUUCCACAUCAACUACCUCGGCGCCGACCAGCCAACCUUCACGCUCAAUUUCUCCAAGGGGUCUAGUCAGAUUAUUGCGCAAUAUUAUCAGUUCCUUCGACUCGGAUUUGAGGGGUACAAACACGUGAUGAACAACUGCAUGGAGAGCGCGAGGACGCUACGGGAGGGCCUGGAGAAGACGGGGCGCUUCACCAUCAUCUCCAAGGAGAAAGGCGUGCCGCUGGUGGCCUUCACGUUCAAGGGCGGCGCCGGCGCCGGCCCGCUGGCCUUCAAGCUGUCGGCUGGCCUGCGGCGGUACGGGUGGAUCGUGCCGGCGUACACGAUGCCGGCGGCGCUGGAGCACAUGACGGUGCUCCGCGUCGUCGUCCGGGAGGACUUCGGCCGGCCGCUCGCCGAGCGGUUCCUGUCCCACGUCAGGAUGACCCUGGACGAGAUGGACCUCGCCGCCAAGGCCCCCGUGCCCAAGGUGAGGCUCACCAUCGAGCUCGGCCCCGCCAGGACCGCCGACGAGGAGGCGUCGGUGAGGGUCGUCAAGAGCGAGCCGGUCACCGUGCACAAGCGCGUCCCGCUUGUCGCCGGCGGCGGCAAAACCAAAGGCGUUUGCUAAGGAAGGCCGGAUAAAAUACUGGUGGUGACACGACCAAAUAAAAUAUGCAAACUACAAGCGUGCCGAAGUGAAUCAUCAUGUGUAGACAUCCAAAUGAUAUCAAUCUGGACUGCACUCUGAUGAAGUUUCAGAGAUAAACACGAGCAGACACUACACUGAAAUAUGUACAUAAAAAAAUUUGUGAAACACAGGCACGUUAUAACAUGCUCGAGCACGAUAUUAUUGCGAAA